AUGGGGAUAACAGCAGUGACUCCAAAGAGAAUUCCGAUGAGGAUGAGUUCAUUGAUGAAGAUUCUCUCGAACACCAAGUGGAGGCUGCUGUUGGAUCACUGGGGAAACAAAAUAAGUCUACUAUCACGUCAUAAUAAGAAACGCGAUGGAAGCAAGCAUCAAAACACUCCGUCGUACGAGGAAAACGAUCCGGGAACUAAAAUUUCGGAGGGAGAAAAACGAACCAAUCCCUGGGAUGCUUUCCAGAACCUGCUCUUGCAGGACAGGGAUUUGGAUUCUUCUGAAGUAGAUAAACAGCCUGCAAGGUCCCAAGAGGAAUAUUUCGCAAGCAAGGGGACCGAAGGAGUAACAAAGCAGAAAACUAUCUCGAGUGACCCCUUUCUGGCCUCACAGAUUGGUAGGGAUCACGAAGAUGAAACUCGAGGCAGAAAUUUCGGAACUAAUGAACUCGGUGGCUCAGUUGUUAAGAGAAGAGAGAGCACAAACGAGGAGUUGCUUGUGUUGCAAGGCAAUGAUUCCGGAACCAGUUCCCGAGCUAAUGUCUCCGAUUAUGCUGCGGAAUCUACAUUGGCCAAAAGCCGCGGAGAAGGCGAAUGGUUUAUAAACAAACAAAUGGAGAAAUCGACAAAUAAGGAUGAGAUGAUGGGCCUCAAAAUGUUUGAUGGAGAAAAUAGUUCUUCAUUUGACAGCAAGAAAGAUGUUUUUGUCGAUGAGUCUUUCAUGAUUCAAGGUCCAUCAGCGGGAGAAUAUCAAUCUGAUUCUAGGAUCGGUAUAGGCAUGGUUCCCGAAAUCGACUCUUCUCAACAGGAACAAAUCAAUUUGGAUAAUGUACAGAAGGCUGCUUCAGUUUCGUGUGAACCAGAUGACCUUUACAUGAUGAUCGGACGUGAUUCAGCAGAAGAGAAUGCCAUGACAUCUUGGACUCCAGAGAUUGACUAUGAAAUGAAUGCAUUAUCUGCUGAAGCGACCGGAAGGCAUGCUGAUACCGAAACAACCUGUGCCGAUGACAAGGGUCCUAAUGCUAAAAAACAGUGAAAGUUCCGAAUAAAGAAGUUCUUUCUAGACUUUCAAAUGGACCUCUUGCCAAAUGCAAAUCUGACUUAGCAUCAAAGAGAAAGAAACCACCAGCAGGAAACAAAACCACAACACGGAAAACGAAGUCUGAUCAGGAAGAGGAAAAUAGAAAGAAAAUGGAGGAGUUACGGAUACAACGCCAGAAAAGGAUAGCCGAGAGGAGUGCUGGUGGCGGUCCUAAUUCAGUUACACCCAGAGGAGCUCGACAGAAAAUAAAACUCCGACAGCUUUGACAAAGAAGAGCCAACUCUCGACUCGGGAGACUAAGAAAGCACCAAAGCCAGUCCUCAAAAGUUCCACCAUAGAAUGCCUCGCAAAUGCUCGGAAUACUUCAAAGGUCGCGCCGGCUAAAUCGAAAUCAAGCCAGCCGAAAAAGUCGACAUCAAAGGAAAACAGUUCUUCAACCACUCAGAAGGCAGCUCAAGCUAAGGAAAA